CAAGCUUCCGCCUCGCGACUUAUUAGGGUUUUAGUUUGACCCGCAUCCCCCCACUAUAUCUAGGGUUUUAUCGCUUCACCCGCUUUAUCGUAACCGCUCGCCUCGCCGCCGCACUCGAUCCCGCGUGCCUCAUCUCUCCUUCCAUGGCGAACGGCUCCGUGCUUCUCUCGAGGAUGUCUAGAUCGAGGGCCUUCACUUCGGCCGUCUCCUCCGCACUGCCGCAGGCUUCCAGUUUUCUAAAAGCAUCCUAUGGCAUGUCUUCUUUGUCUCAAAGAUGGACCACUGCUGCAAGAGCGUUCAGCUCAAAGCCUGCAAGUGCUGAUGUUAUUGGGAUUGAUUUGGGCACUACCAAUUCAUGUGUGUCGGUCAUGGAGGGGAAGACACCAAAGGUGAUUGAGAAUGCAGAAGGUGCAAGGACUACUCCAUCUGUUGUUUCCUUCAAUCCGAAGGGUGAGCUUUUGGUGGGUACUCCCGCGAAGCGACAAGCUGUGACGAAUCCAACAAACACCUUAUUUGGCACUAAAAGACUGAUUGGGAGAAGGUUUGACGACCCCCAGACUCAAAAGGAACUAAAGAUGGUUCCCUAUAAAAUUGUCAAGGCACCUAGUGGAGAUGCGUGGGUGGAGAUGAAUGGUCAGCAAUAUUCGCCGAGCCAGAUUGGUGCAUUUGUCCUCACCAAGAUGAAGGAAACAGCAGAGGCUUAUCUCGGUAAAUCUGUCUCAAAGGCAGUCAUCACUGUCCCUGCUUAUUUCAAUGAUGCACAACGCCAAGCCACAAAGGAUGCAGGGAGAAUUGCAGGCCUCGAAGUUCUGAGAAUUAUCAAUGAACCAACUGCGGCUGCACUUUCAUACGGAAUGAAUGACAAGGAAGGUUUGAUUGCUGUCUUUGACCUGGGUGGUGGAACUUUUGAUGUAUCCAUCUUGGAAAUUUCUAACGGGGUGUUUGAGGUUAAGGCUACCAAUGGGGACACAUUCCUUGGCGGUGAAGACUUUGAUAGUGCACUGCUGAACUAUCUAGUUGAUGAAUUCAAAAGAACAGAUAACAUCGAUUUAUCCAAAGACAAAUUAGCGUUACAAAGGUUGAGAGAAGCAGCUGAAAAGGCAAAAGUAGAACUCUCAUCGACCAUGCAAACGGAGAUAAACCUUCCAUUUAUUACUGCUGAUGCUUCAGGAGCAAAGCACUUCAACAUUACAUUGACCAGAUCGAAGUUUGAAUCUCUUGUCGGCCAGCUUAUUGAGAGAACUCGCAGCCCUUGCAUCAAUUGUGUGAGAGAUGCAGGCAUCUCUGUUAAAGAAGUUGAUGAGGUGCUUUUGGUCGGUGGAAUGACAAGGGUUCCAAAGGUUCAGGAAAUUGUCAACCAAAUAUUCGGGAAGGCACCUAGCAAGGGUGUGAACCCUGAUGAGGCUGUGGCAAUGGGAGCCGCCAUACAAGGAGGGAUUUUAAGAGGUGAUGUUAAAGAGCUCCUGCUGCUCGACGUCACCCCUCUCUCCCUUGGUAUCGAGACCCUCGGAGGGAUAUUUACCAGGCUCAUCAACAGAAACACAACCAUUCCUACAAAGAAAAGUCAAUCCUUUUCUACUGCAGCUGAUAAUCAAACCCAAGUCGGGAUCCGCGUAUUGCAGGGCGAGAGGGAGAUGGCGGCAGACAACAAGCUUCUCGGAGAGUUUGAGUUAACUGGAAUUCCUCCUGCCCCUAGAGGCAUGCCUCAAAUUGAAGUCACCUUUGACAUCGAUGCAAAUGGCAUUGUGAAGGUAUCGGCUAAGGACAAGGCAACCAACAAAGAGCAAGAAAUAACGAUAAGGUCUUCAGGUGGGCUAUCUGAAUCAGAGAUAGAGAAGAUGGUAAGAGAAGCAGAAAUCCAUGCACAAAAGGACCAGGAAAGGAAGGCCUUGAUCGAUAUCAGAAACACAGCAGAUACUACAAUCUACAGUAUCGAGAAGAGUCUCAGCGAGUUCAGAAGCAAGAUUCCCGCUGAAGUCGCAAAAGAGAUUGAAGACUCAGUUGCCGAUUUGAAGUCUGCUAUGGGUGACGACAACGUGGACAAGAUCAAGGAGAAACUUGAUGCAGCAAACAAAGCAGUCUCCAAGAUCGGGCAACACAUGCAACAAGGCGGCGGGGGAGGAGGGUCUUCUGGUGGAUCUUCUGGUUCGGCUGGAGACCAGACUCCUGAGGCGGAGUACCAGGAAGCGAAGAUGUAGGCUUCUAAUUUGUAUCCGACAUAAUUUUUGAGACUGGAGGUUCCAUUUGAUCACUCCUUAGGCAGUGAGUCGUUCACUGAAAACCAUUUCCAUCUUUGGUUAGUGGUGUAAUAAUUAUACUCUUGGGUGUUUGAAAAACUUAUGCUGCGAUGGUAGUUUUGGAAUUCCUUAAA